AUGCCGGCAACAGUGGCACAGGGAACUCCGCUGGCGGAGGCCUUGGCGAAUGUCGUGCAGCCGAAACUGGUAGAGAUGGGAUGGAGUGCAGAUAGCGGGGAGGACUCUGCGUUGACGGAAUACGUGAUUCUGAUGUUGGUCAACGGCAAGACUCAAGAGCAAAUCGCGGAGGAGCUUUCGAACGAUCUACUCAACCUGGGAGAGGGCGAUACACAGGCUGUUGACUUUUCGCAGUGGUUAUUUGAGCAGGUAGAGGUGCUUAACAACAAUAUCAACGGUGUGGCGUCCGUCCCCAACGCGGCGCCCGCUGCUGUACAGGCGUUAUCGACAAGCACCAACCAGAAUGUCUUUGGGGUUCAAGAUCAGCAAGAUGCUACUAUGGGUGAAGCGUCAGGCCCAGGUGAUAAUAUACCCACUGGUCCUCGGGCGAUGCGAGACAACAAUAACCGUGGCAGAGGCCGAUUGUUGAAUCAAAUAAAUAAGACCUUGGAACGCGGACCUGAUGCUAUGCUUCAUCGUGUGCGCGGUCAGAAUAAUACCGGUCGAAUCAAUACACAUGGACGAGAUUUCCAAAAGAACCAACGAGGACAGUUUGGAGCUGGCCGGGGUGGUAGAGGCAGAAUGGGAUUCGGGAACAUGCAGGGGCAAGGAGCAGGAAAUAUGAUGCAAAUGACGCCCGAGAACCAGAUGCAGCUUAUGGCUCUUCUCGAAGAACAAGCGAGGAUGAUGUCGCAGUUCAUGCCUGGGUUUAUGUCGCCGGCGGUCAACCCGAACUUUCAGAAUCAACAACACCAACAAAAACAACACGGUCGGUCAUUAUUCGAUCGAGUUGAGCGUCCAAACCAGCGACAAGGCGGCGACUUUCAGUCACGGGCCUCUCAGAAUGGCAUUGCUGUCAAGCAAGGUGAAGAUGGUGAUAUGGACAUGACAGAAGACCAGACGACGGCCGACGGUCAAGCAAAUACCGACAGUGUUUGUCGGUUCAACCUCCGCUGUACUAGAACGGAUUGCCCCUUUGCCCAUCAAUCGCCAGCUGCUCCCGAGGGUGCUCCCGUCGAUGUCACCGACCACUGCCCAUUCGGAGCAGCAUGCAAAAACAAGAAAUGUACCGGACGACACCCAUCACCAGCUGUUAAAGCAUCUCAUCAAGCAGAAGAAAUUUGCCGCUUCUUCCCUCACUGCACCAAUCCUCACUGUAAUUUCAAACAUCCUAGCAUGCCUCUCUGCCGGAAUGGAGCCGACUGCACUACUGAAGGGUGCAAAUUCACUCAUCUCACCACCGCAUGCAAAUUCAACCCCUGUAUGAACCGGAGUUGUCCAUACAAGCAUACCGAGGGUCAGAAGGCUAGCUUCCCGGACAAAGUGUGGGUUGCAGGCCAGGAGAAACCUCAUGUUAGCGAGCGGAAAUUCGUUGAAGAUACCAAUGGCGAGGAGGAGCUUAUCAAGCCCGAUGUAGCUCAAGCAGAGCAGGUCAUCACCUGA